AGCUUGAAUCUAUUUAUAGGUUGGGACUCAGAGUACUGUGUCCUUAGUCACAAAGAGACACAGAGACGCAGAGGGGACUCCCGGCUGGUGCAAGCGGAACCAAAAGAUAUUUAAUCAGCAAUUGGAAACACCUGAGGGGCAAAGGACAUUCUACCCUGGUCCUAAGGUCCAUCUCUCAACCUAAAUCAUUGUGAAAGGGAAUGGAUUGAGAAUAGAGAGAGGCGGCGUGUCUUGUCCGAUUCUGCACUGCCGGUUGUUGUGACGAUGAAACGGAGAGGGAGGAGAACGAUGUAUGCAGCCUUGAGCUCCUUGGAGGAAAGGCUGUUAGGCAGAAUGUCCACAGAUGAGCGGCACCUCACUUCCAGUUGUGGAUCCUUCAUCAAGACUGAGCCAUCCAGCCCAUCCUCUGGCAUUGAUGCCAUUAGUCACCACAGUCCAAGUGGUUCCUCUGAUGCCAGUGGUGGUUAUGGCAUCACUAUAGGUGGCCACCCAAAUGGCCUGGACUCACCACCCAUGUUCAGCAGUGCAGGGAUUGGUGGCGGGCCCUGCCGCAAACGGUAUGAUGACUGUGCCAGUGCCAUCAUGGAAGACUCGCCCACCAAGUGCGAGUAUAUGCUCAAUGCCAUCCCCAAGAGGCUGUGUCUAGUUUGUGGGGACAUUGCAUCUGGAUACCAUUAUGGAGUGGCCUCCUGUGAAGCAUGUAAAGCCUUCUUCAAACGGACAAUUCAAGGGAAUAUUGAAUACAGCUGUCCAGCUACCAAUGAGUGUGAAAUCACAAAACGAAGGCGCAAGUCCUGUCAGGCAUGUCGCUUUAUGAAAUGCCUCAAAGUGGGAAUGCUGAAAGAAGGAGUGCGCCUGGAUCGAGUUCGUGGAGGCCGGCAAAAGUACAAAAGAAGGCUGGAUUCCGAGAGCAGCGCUUACUUGAGCUUACAGAUUCCUCCUCCAGCCAAAAAGCCACUGACUAAGAUUGUCUCCCACUUGCUGGUGGCAGAGCCAGAGAAGAUUUAUGCUAUGCCUGAUCCUACAAUGCCAGAAAGUGACAUUAAAGCACUGACCACACUCUGUGAUUUGGCAGACAGAGAACUGGUUGUGAUCAUUGGUUGGGCAAAGCACAUCCCAGGCUUUUCUAAUCUUUCCCUGGGGGACCAGAUGAGCCUAUUGCAGAGUGCCUGGAUGGAAAUACUCAUUCUGGGUAUUGUAUACCGCUCAUUGCCCUACGAGGAUAAAUUGGUCUAUGCUGAAGAUUACAUCAUGGAUGAGGAACAUUCUCGCUUGACGGGUCUGUUGGAGCUCUACCUGGCUAUCUUGCAGCUUGUGCGCAGGUACAAGAAGCUGAAGGUGGAGAAGGAAGAGUUUGUCACACUCAAGGCCCUGGCUCUUGCCAAUUCAGAUUCAAUGCACAUAGAGGACAUGGAUGCAGUGCAGAAACUCCAAGACCUUCUCCACGAAGCUCUCCAGGACUACGAGCUGAGUCAACGCCACGAGGAGCCACGGCGUGCCGGAAAGCUGCUGCUGACCCUGCCCCUCCUGCGGCAAACGGCUGCUAAGGCCGUGCAGCACUUCUACAGCAUCAAACUGCAGGGCAAGGUCCCCAUGCACAAACUCUUCCUAGAAAUGCUUGAGGCCAAGGUCUGACAGGGGCCAGGAAGCAAACUGGAAGCCAAGGUGUGGUCAUGAAGCUAACCAAAUAGAGGUGGCAGCUGGCUUUUAUCUCCAAUCAUUUAUUAUGGAAGAAUUAUUUAAUGUCCAUCUGGCAGCCAUGCCAGCCUGUACAUCCAUCUGAAGAUUAUUAUGUACAGAGAGGGAAACUUUUAAUCAACAUCACUUUUUGUUUUCUUUUUUCUUCCUUUCUUUCUGGAAAAUUCUAGAACAAGCUCUUGCACUUGCAGAGGGAGCCAAAGGAAGUUUGGUGCCGCUGACGGUGAUGCUCUUUGCCCUAUCCAGGGCAACCAAUUCCUAUCUCUUUCCACCUUCUAGAGAAGGGGUGUGGGGACUGAAGCAGAAAAUGGUGAAAAAUAAGAGUUUAUAACAUUCAUAGCAUGGUGGUGCGAGAGGAGAUUUUUAAAAAUGUGGGCAUCAGUGGGUCUGCAGCUUGACACCUUUCCUCAAUGCACUGACCCUUGUGAAAGUUGCCUGUUCGGAGAGGAGCUUCAUGGAAUCUCUUAAGUCCAAAAUGGCUGCCUCUUAUGCUCAAGCUACGCAUAAAAGAUGUACAUAGAGGCCCUAGUUCUUAUUGGGAAAGACAGGCCUGACUGUGUAAGAUAUCCUGUGAUCUUGUACAGCAUCUUUGCACCUGGCUUUCCCCCAUCCAUGUGCAAUCAUAACAUUCCCAUUUGUGGUUAUUAGAGAAGUUGGAGACAUUUCCGACACAGAGAGAGAGAGAGAGAGAGAGAGAGGAAAGUCUCAUUGUUAGAGAGAAUGCAGAGGGAAGGAGCCUGAUACUUUUUGUUCCAAGGCGGUUCAUCCUCCUAUACGUGGUGCUAUUUAAAAGCCCCUCUACCUCCUUUCUUCUUUCCCACUUGGCACAAAUCCGAGGCCACUGGAAUCUAUCUGCAGGGAGUGGGCUAAAAUAAAAGGUAUCCCAAACCAGGGCA